AUGGCCCGGAAACAUGACCACUCCAGUCUGGGUGGUUCUUCCGAUGAGGUCGAGGGGAGAGAUCUAGCGAACAGUCGGAUCUCUCUACCUGUUGACCGCUUUCGACUUGUGAGGAGGCCUACGCUUGAGAGGGAGGAGGCAUUUCGCGAUGCUUCGACUGCGAGGGGGAAUGUGUACCUUGACCGAAAGAUGCCCAUGACGGAGGACGAUGAAGUUGCUGAGCUGUAUCGCAUGGGCCUGCUGUACGACGACGAGCAGGUUAGGGGCUCUGGGUUCAGCCUUGACAGCAUCAAGCACGAAGAACCCGUCUACUCCAUCCGCCCAGCCAAGCAAUCCCAAUCCCGCAAGAAGCGCGCUCAGAGCUUCAGCUUCAACCAGCCGCUCCAUCUCGAUCUCUCCUUCACAGACCUCGGCGGCUCCCAAGCCCUCGCUCAAAUCCUCACCUCCUGCGACGACAACACAGCCCCUUCUAGCACACCAUCAUCACGCAGCUUCGCUCCUCUGCGGGUGAUAUACGAACUCGAUGGUUCAAACCCCUCUUUCGACGUAGAUACGUCGCAACCGCCUGAUUUGAUCUCAGAUUAUGAUUGUGUUUCGGACAGUGAACUCGAUGAUUUACCCUCUCAGCGGGAAUUUCUAGAUAGUGCAGCUACGCCUGGUUCGGAGACGUGGGUGGUGCUAGGUGACGACUCGUAG